CUAACUUUUGGACACGGACGACUGGGACAACUGCGAAUAUCUAAGCAGGGCUCAGCCCAAAAGUCUUUGGCUUUAUAAGAGACGCAACAAGAGUUUCGGCUAUAUGUGUCGUAGCUAGCAAUGUCUAACCCGUCGGAUUUCCACUACCCUAUCAGAGUUUACCCCACGGGCAACACAGUUGUAUUCUUGGACGUCGACGAUUUCCCAAUCCCUAAGCAUCUCGAUCCCCAAACUAUACGUCAGAAAAUCAAACGAGCUCUUGAGAAUCGUGGUUACUUAGGUGAUGUGUCAGUCCGACUGUACGGUGAUAAGAAUACCCUCCCUGGGAAAUAUUCCAUGGAUAAAUAUGCGGAUGCCGGAAUAGAAAUAUGUUUGGUACCCGAAGGUGAAGGAGUCAUGUAUACAGGAGGUACCCUGAUGUUAAUGGACAGUUAUCAAUGGUCAUUGAACAAUCCUGGAGAAUCGAAUUUGAUGCUGCUCUCAAAGAAAAUCAAACACGUCGACGUAUGUGGGAUGCCUCUCCUGACCUUUCUGAAUAUGAAUGGCUCCUCUGUUCUCUUAGGGGAACCUUUAUCAGAGAUCAGACUUCCUUCUGAAAGUGCUGAUUGGAUUUGGAAAUGUCUAUCAGAUUGUGGUACCUCUUGCUUACAAAGCUAAUCCUCGCAAGGGGAUGGAUGACACAAAGACCAACCCUCUAUUUGCUCUUUAUUAGUGUUGCUAAGUUCAAAUUGUGAGGUGGUAAGUUUGCUGCUAAUUUGACUUUUUUAAGACUCAGAGUUGGGACUACGCAAAAAAAGUUAAGAUGCUUUUUUCUGUACUCAUGGCUGAACGUUUUGCCUAAGUUUAUUAUUGUUCGACAGAUUAAUCCUUAAUCUCUUCGAUU